AUGGUGCACCAAAAGACCAUCACUGCAGCCCGUGAGGGAGAUCUACAGGGCCUCCGCGAACUAGCUAAAACUGGAUGUCUGACUGCAGCCAUUGUGGAUGCUCAAGGGGCGGGACUAGUGCACCAUGCAGCUCGCUGCAGUCAGCUGGACUGCCUUCGCUUUCUGGUGACAGAGGCGGGGCUGGUGGCUAGCACGAGGGCCCUUAAUGGGGCCACACCGGUCCAUGAUGCUGCAGCUACAGGUCACACCCUUGAACUACAGUGGCUCAUUCAGGUUGCAGGAUGCAAUGCAAAGGACCAGGAUUCAGGAGGGGCCACUCCGCUCCAUCUUGCUUCACGGUUUGGGCGGGUGGAGGCUGUCCAAUGGCUGCUGGAUUAUGGAGAUGGAGCAGAAGUUGAAACAAACUUUGGUGCUCUUCCAGCCCACUAUGCUGCAGCAAAGGGAGACCUCACCUGUCUGAAGUUGCUGAAUGGUCAAGCUUCAGGGUGUGUUAAUCGACAGACUAAAAUGGGUGCCACAUCACUGUAUCUGGCAUGCCAGGAGGGACAUCUACAUGUAGUGGAGUAUCUGGUAAAAGACUGUGGGGCCGAUGUGCAUCUAAGAGCCAAAGAUGGCAUGACACCACUGCAUGCUGCUGCUCAUAUGGGCAACCAUGCUCUGGUGGUAUGGCUUGCUUCCUUCACAGACGUUAGCCUGUCUAGUCAAGAUAAUGAAGGGGCGACCGCUUUACACUUUGCUGCCAGUGGAGAGCACCAUCGCAUCCUGGAGUGGUUGCUACAGAUGGGAUCAAAGUUCAAGAAGGAUUACUGGGGUGGCACACUUCUGCAUGAUGCAGCAGAGAAUGGGGAGAUAGAGUGCUGUCGAAUCCUCCUGAGUCACCAAAUCAGCCCAAAAGAGAGAGACGUAGACGGCUUCACAGCUGCAGAUCUGGCCGAAUACAACGGCCACUUUGAGUGUGCCAGAUACCUUCGCUCUGUGGAGAGAAAUCUCUGGGCAGCUGCUCAGCCUCUGGAGGAGAACUGUCCUAUAGAGGAAGAGCUGCGAGAUGACUGGAUGUGUCACGGCAACCCAGCUCAGAUUAUUACGGUAACACUUUACGUGGUGAAGUCCAUCAGCUCCAGUGUGCCUGCGAGUAAGCCAGUACCAGAGAAAGUGAGACUUUUGAUGGGUGAAAUGAAACUGGGAGAUGUAAAAUCUAUCGCCAGCCUCAAGAAAUCUGGACUGACAGCAGAUUUAACUAUUUCUAAUAAAAUGGUGGUGUUACACACAGAGGCUAAUUUGUCUGAUAUUGACUACCUGGUACCAACACAUGAUGAGAAGGGUAGACCUAUAGCAGAGUGGAAGAGACAGGUGAUGGUACGACAGCUACAAACCAGAUUAUUUGAAGAAGAAAGUCAGAGGUUGAAGGAGAAUUGUAGUAGAUGUGCUAAAAUGGACAGCUGGAGGUUCUCCCAGGCUCACAAUGCCAUCUUGGGUCCAUUUGGAGAGCUUCUAACAGAGGAUGACCUAAUUUAUCUGGAAAAGCAAAUUGAGAGUGUGUCCAUGCACAAGAACUGCAAAGGCUAUGAAAUGGAACUUGCUCGUCUGGCUGAAGAAAUCCGGAACAUUCUCCCGGCACCCAUAGUCAACAUCACAGUCAACCCCCAACACAGGAACCUCUAUACACAGACUCCCCUGCCCGUUUGGUGCAACCGUAUUUCAGGCAUUGUGAAGAGUAUGUCGCUACUUAUGACUAACCUAACAGACUAGCCCUACUGCAAAAUGCCAAACACUGAGCUUGUGAAUGUCUUCUCUCAGGCUUCAGAGAGACCAGUCUCGAAAAGAGGCAGGAGGGAGAAGAUAGAAAAUGAGAUCCACCAAUUUGGGGUCUCUGUGAGGAAUCUGAAGUACAACUUUGAGAAUCAGAAUGCUUCCUCUUUAUAGGGCUCAGAGAGGACCGACUCAUUGAGUACACAAGAACAAGAGUCAGUAGAAAAUAGAUCGGACGAGGCCUCUCAAAAUCUUUUACAAAGACCAGAGGAUGACCAGAGUAAUGAUUCAGAUGCAGACUAUAUUGACAUCAGUGAAGUAAUAGAAAGUACAAGCUUGCGCAAGGAACGUAUUGUGGUCUUGUUUCUGGGACAGUGGAAGAAGUCAGCUUACACUGUAACCUUAAAAAAUGCCCAGAGGAAGCAACGUGUUGAUUCUCUGGAGAUGCCCAAGAAACCAAAGUGUGAACGCAUAGCUAGCUUAGAUAUCACUCAGAAGAUGACCAUGGAGAAUGGUAAAUUGGGGCACUUCUUCAAACAGAGAAGUGCUAUCAACAAGAUGAUUGGGAACUGGAGAAGCAUGAUAUCCUCGAUACCGUUACGGCAGAUCCGAAGACUCAACCGCCAACAGGCCAUUUAUUCACCUGAUCAGUUCCUGCCCCGUGUAGAUGGAUCUCCUGUUGACUAUGACACACUGACCCUGGACCUCUUCAUGCUUGGCUACUUCCACAUACUAGAGCUGGAUUUGCCAGCAGAUGAGAGGAAAAUGAGACACCUGCUUUGCUUUGAAGUUUUUGACCAUGUGGGUUGUUUUAGCUGGGAGACAGUCUGGGAUUUCCACAAGGCUGUGAUUCAGGACAUUGAGGCUGGGAACCGGGAGUGGAAGGAUGGAUUUGAGGAUAUUAAAGUAAAUUAUUUUGGAGAUGGAUCAGGCCAACCAGAGCUUGAAAACUUAGAGCAGACAGUAGAAAAAGUAGAAACAAGGCACGUGCCUAAAGUCAUCAUUCAGACACCCACCCCAGAUGAGGGAGAUGCUCUGAAAAAUGGUCCAGAUAUUAGUUGUCUGAGUAAUGAUGAGAUUUGCAAAUAUAUUGACCGUAGUUUUGCUUUCUGGAAAGAAAAGGAGGCAGAGAUAUUUGAUUUUGAGGAAUGA